AUGCUUCUGUUCUCAAAACAAACCUCUUCCGCAUACGUCACAAAACUCACACUACGGCAAGCCGUCAGUGACACGCUUCAAACCGCCGCCGUUCCCAAACAUGCGGUACUGCUUAUUUAUAAAAUAGCUAGAGUCUUGAUCAGAGAAUACGCCUCAGACCAUUGUGAUGGCUCUGGAACAGCUCAGUGAUGUAGUCCAGAGAUGUCAAGCAAUCAAGGAUGAAAGCUUUUCACCAGAGGAUUAUGAUUUAUUCCUCACUGCAGGAAGAGCCUGCAUAGAGCAAGGUGACAGUGCUCAAGUUCUCAGCAUUCUGGUUGAUGAGAAGAACGAGAACAUUGUAAGAUGCAUGGGCUGGAAUCUACUGGGUCCACUGGUGCAGAUCUUAUUGAAGAAGGAAGACAAAAACCUUCUGCACUGUCAUGCAAUUUUGUCACAUCUACUGGAGGUUUGCAGUCCUAAAGAGCUGCUGGUGGGUUUGCUGGAGCAGAUAGAGGAUGCUGACUCCAACUCUAUUGCUGACACGGUUACUCUUCUUCUUAAGCAACUACAAACAGUGCUGCUGAGGCUGGGUGUAAAGAAGGCCUCAUCUGUGGGCAUGGCUCUGUCUACGCUACUCAGUCAAGUGGCCAGACUGCCUGUGCCCAUCACCAAAGAGCAGGAAGAAGACGAUGUUUUCGGCUUGUGUCGCUGCUGCACAGCUCUUCUAGAAUUUGUAAAGCCGUUUGUUGACGAGGUCAAGGAAGUUAUCAAAGACAACAAAAGAAAAUCCAAGGACAAUGAACUCAGAGUGGAGCUGCUUAAGUUCUGCAUGAAGAGUCUGAGUGAGCCUCUCCUGCAGGUCCAUUUAAAAGAUCCAGAUACGCUUCAAAAGUCCCCUCUGAGAGAAUUUGCUACAGAGAUUCUGUUAAUUUUGACAAAUAUUGGUGAGUCACUCCCUGAUUUGUUAAGUCGUAAUAUACUGAAGAAGAGGGAGGUACCAGGCUUUCUUGAAGAGGAGGUCAGAUAUCCAAAGGAGUCAUUGGCCUGCAUGUCUCACCUGCUCUUUGUGAAUCAUAUUGCCAUGGAUAUUUUUCCAGCUGUUCUCAGCCCUGUUUUCGUGCUUCAGUGCAACAUGGAAUAUGUUGAGCUACUCUUAAGCAGAACUGAAGAAUCCCGUCUGCAGAAAGGAUUGGAAUUAUAUGAGAAAAGUCUUGUAAGAGUUGAAGAUAAUAGUCUACAUGUGGAUCUUCUGGAGCUGAAAACAUUUUUCAGCGUUCCACAGAACCUUGUUAAAGUUAUGACACUGUGUCCAGACCAGACUUUGAGAACUAACGGCCUUAAAGUGUUUCAGCUGAAUAUUGACAAAUUCAGCACAGAGGCCAAAUACAAGUUCUUCAGAGGCAUGUUGAAAACAAGUCAUCAUGCUGGUGUUGAGGGUUAUAUAAUCAAAAACAUCAGGACUCAGAUAGACUUCUCCCUUAAGCCAUGUAACGGUAAUGAUUGGUUCCUGGGUAAACAUCUGCUGCCUCUGCUGCGGUUAGUGUUAUGCCUUCCACAGGGACCAGAAACAGACCUUCUGCAGAACUUAGACAGGAUCAUGGAGUCGCUUAACCUCAUCCGAUACAUGCUCCUCAGAGAUAAAGAAUGGGAGAACGAGACAGGAAUAUGGACUGAGCUUUAUAAGAUUGAGGAUAACUACCUGAAGCCUCUGCGUACUGGCCUGAACCUGUCUAAAGCACAUUAUGAGGCAGAACUGAACAGCACUAAAGAGAAUAAGAAGCUUACUUCAAAAGAAUCUAAAACAUCCGUUUGCUCAGUAACUGUUGGCAGUGAGACGCUACCAAACAUGACACCAGAGAUGCAGAUAAAGGUUCUGCAGUCAGCCCUCUUUACAUUUGACUUGAUGGAGAGUGUGUUGGCGAGAAUCGAGGAGAUCAUUGAAGCAAAAGACAGACCCGUGUCAUGAACCCAACAGGGUCAAGCCCUGCUGUUAGAGACUUUAUGGCAGCAUCUUUUCUUGCAGGUAAUACCUGGAUAUACCAAAUCCCUCAAGGAACCUACAACUCAUCCAAAUGUAAAGUUUUCUGAUAGCACCUGGUCUAAACUUGAUGCCAACCAUGGAUUACAUGCCAUUAGUUUCAGACACACUAUCCACAUCUGUUAUUCAGCAUAAUUGUCAGCAUAGGCCACAAUCACUUUUCUUUGCAGAUUAAAGUAUUCAGUACUA